CGCUGAUGUCACCGGAACGGGGCGGGGUUGUGGCGGUGACGUCAGCGCGGGGCGCGGCGGCUUUAUGUGAGGGAAGACUUGUGCAGGACCUCAGAGCGCGCGUGCACGUGAGCGUGUGAGAAACUUUCGCUGUUGUGUGUUUGUUUGUGUGUGUGUGUGAGUGUGAGUGAUUCUCCGGAUGAUUUCUCUUCAUAAAAAGUUUUUCCUCAUGGAUCCGAUCGACAGAGGCAUGUGAGCGUGUGUUUGCUGUCAGGCUGAAGUCGCUUUGGGUCGUUUUGAUGGCCGCCGUUAUCUUCGCUCUACUCUGUUUUUUCCCUUCGGUCAUCCCGCGAGCCACCCUGGCCCCGCCCACCGACAGCACGCUCCGCCUGCCCGACAUCAUCAUCAUCGGCGUGAGGAAGGGCGGAACGCGCGCUCUCAUUGAGAUGCUGAGCCUUCACAGUGACGUGGUCGCCGCUCAGAACGAGGUUCACUUCUUCGACUGGGACAGUCACUACCAGCGCGGCACGGAUUGGUACAUCUCUCAGAUGCCGUACGCGCGGCCGGGUCAGCUGACGGUGGAGAAGACCCCGGCGUACUUUACCUCCAGCCGGGUCCCCGAGCGCAUCCUGCAAACGCAGCCCGACGCGCGGCUGCUGCUGAUCGUCCGGGAGCCAACGGAGCGCUUGCUGUCGGAUUACACGCAGGUCUUCCACAACCGCCUGGAGAAGCGCAAGCGCCAGCAAACCCUGGAGACGCUGCUGAUGCGUAACGGAGAACUCAACCUGGACUACAAGGCCUUGAACCGAAGCCUGUACCAUGUGCACCUGCGGCGCUGGCUCGACGUGUUUCCCAGGAGCCGCAUGCAUCUGGUGGACGGCGACGCGCUCAUUCGAGACCCACUGCCGGAGAUGAAGAAGGUGGAGGAGUUUCUCCAGCUGGAGCCGCAGAUAAACGCCUCCAACUUCUACUUCAACCAAACCAAAGGUUUCUACUGUCUGCGCAACCACCGGCGCGAGCGAUGCCUGCACCAUUCCAAAGGUCGCAAACAUCCUCACGUGGCACCGGAAAUCCUGCAGAAACUCUACGACUACUUCCGCGAACCCAACCAGAAGUUCUUCCAGCUGGCCGGAAGGACAUUUGACUGGAAGUGAGAAAAAAAAAGUUGAAUAAGCUGAAGUCCUGAAUGCAUAAAUAUAUUAAACAGAUCACACUCCUGAAAUAACUGGAACAUCAGUGACGCCGGGUCAGUGUGUUCGGCUUCAAGCACCACAUUUACAGUGUGAUGAAGCCCAAGACUUUCAAACUAGAACAUGUUAUAUUCUCAUGAAAGUUUAUGAAGACAGCUUUUUUGAAUCGUUCACUGCAAAAAUGAUGUUCUUCCUCAGUGUUUCUGCCUUUAUUUCCAGUACAAAUAUCUAAACAUUCUUAAAUCAAGGUACAUUUACUGGAGAAGAAAAAUGACUGAAGAUAUUAAGUCUUGUUUAAUGAAAAACAGAAACAAAUAUCAGGAAAAAAAUCUUGCUUUUCUUUUGAAUUAUUUAUUUUUCUGUCCCCAUUGACGGAUAUUUGAUCUUGUUUUAAGCACAAACUCACUUCGUUCAGUAAACAAACUUAAUAUCUUCAGUCAUUCUCUUCUCCAGUAAAUGUAUCUUGAUUUAAGAAUGUUUAGAUAUUUGUGUUGAAAAUUUAUAUAUAUAUAUAUAUAUAUAUAUAUAAGAAAGUCAUAUUUUGCAGUGUUCACAUUGAGAUCAGGAUGUGAAUUGAGUCUGUUUUGAUUCUGUGUUGACUAAAGUAUUUCAGAGCUGUUAAUAAACGUAUUCAGAUAUAUGGAUAUAUGCAUGUGAAAUAAAUCUAUUUUAUAUAUAUUUUAUACACACAAUAUUGAACAAUAUACUGUUUUCACAGCUGCUAAUUUGUUGAUUGUGUGUCUUUAUAUCUGUCACAAUUAUAGAAAUGUUUCUCAUUAAUUUCAUCUCAUAGUCUAUGUAUUCUGUUUAUUUCUUGUUUUUUUUUAUAUGAAGGAAUCGUUCAUUAAUAAAGUUAUUUUUGAUAUGA